AUGUCCAAGAGCAGACCACGCAAGAGUCACCCUGUCAUCUGCAUGGAAGAUGGUAUGACGACAUCGCAGAGACUGCAUCAGUGGGGUGCCGCGGCAGAGCUGCUAUACGCAACGAACAGCCCGAUUAAUCAGCCUCCGUUGCCCAAGGAGCCGCAUACCUUUCUCGUGGCGCGCCGCAUUGCUACCGUGAUGGCCCACCUAAACGACCUUUGUCAAAGGGAAUCGGAGGUUUUGCUGACACCGCGAGAUGCUCUGCUUGGGCUGGCGGACAUCAUUCGUUUUGGUCUGGUGUCAUUUCAUAAGGAAGUGGUAUUGGGGCAACUGGACCGGGCGGGGAUCACUUCCGUGCUAGCGGAGUACGUUGCCCACCGAAAGGCGCCUCAGGCAGGCAUUGUGGAGGGUCUUCAUGUACUCACUUGGGUGAGUGUAAAACUACGUGUUGAGAUGCUUCUCGAACAGUUGCGCAAACGCCUGAGGAUGGAAUUGGAAAGCAGUCACAACGACAAGCGUACUGCCCAACAAGUGGCUGCGUUGCGCACUACUCUCACGCUGCUAAAUGAUUUUGAAUCCUUUUACGAUAAUAUUCUCGUUACAUUUCCGUGCGUUCAGCUCAUGGAGAUCACGCCUGAGGCGGCUGAGCAGAUGAUGCUCAUUCUUUCUCGCCAAUACUACCAACUCGCUGACUGGGUGGUGCUGGUGGAGGCCAACACAACGCAAACCCCCAUCACCGAGACGAAAGUGCAGCAUGUCGAUCGUGAGACAUCAACAAUGGUGCUUUACCGCACGGACGUCGCAUCCUCAUGGGGGCUAAUCUUCAAUCACAGUGGAAAAAUAGUGGACAUUGACACAUCGCUUCGCAGCGCCUCCGAUGAGGGGGAGGAAUUGCAUCGACUCCUUCGCUGCACUACCGAGGGAGCCAGAAUAGUCGCCAUAAACUCAAAGACAGUUCCAGAUGUAUUACCUGGUGGGGGGGAGGAUAUUUUGGAAAUCUUUAAGAACACCACCAAGAGGAACAAGCGCGUUGUUCUUCAACUGGGCGAAGAUGUGUUGAAGCAAUCACGUGUACGGCAGCUGGCCUUCCUUAUGCCCAAUCAAGGAGGCGAGGGGUCCUCUGGGCAACGUGCGACGCUUAUAUUGCACCGUCCUGAUCAACACAUACCAUGGGAAUGUGCUUUUACCGAUAGAUUGAUUGUAAGAAGCGUGCCCAGGCAAGGAAUAUCGAUGAUGGCAAGAAGAUUCUUUGCGGAUUACCGUGGGCGUGUCAGCCUGAUGGCGGUCAAUGGAGUUGAGGUGAAGACGGCCGUGCAGGCCGAGGCGUUGUGUGCCCAUACAGAGACGGUUGUACUAAAUUUUGUAGUUGUGACCCCCGCCAUGGCAGGAGGGAGCCACGCGCCUGUGACUGAAGGAGUAGCCGUGGCUCUCAACCAAGAACAAGUUGAGCAGGUGAGGGAAGUAGCACUGGUGAAUAACAAAAGCAUAAGGCGAUCUGGGGAACGUGCACAGAAAAUGAGGAUCCAACAACAAGAAACUCACGAAAACGCGGAGGAUUUAGAUGCAAAGGCCGAUGAUGCGUGCACUGCGAACGCGAAUGAGGCAGAGGAAUUGCUGGCGGAGCCUGAGCAGCACGCGGAAGAAGACGACGUGAAGGAGACCUACCCAAUGGUCGCCGAUGAGGAUGCCGCAGCGGACGACACGUCAGGUAUAGAGGAAAGGCCGCAGGCAACAGGCGACACACCU